GCUCUCUCUCCCUCCCUGCAGGUCGAGUAUAGAUGGGCCGACCCACUCUUGGUUAACCCAGUGAACUGUGGGACACACGCAGGGCGCACGAGCCACAGAGAGGGAGAGAGAAAGAGAGAGAGACACUGACUUACCCUGGGAGAGAGAGAGAGAGAGAGAGAGAGAGUUGCACGGGAGAGAUCUGCAGCAGCAUGCUCGGACAGAGUGAACAACUCCUGCGAGAGGACCAGACCGACUCCUGAUCUGCGCUCAAGUUCAUCGCUCCUUUUUUCACUUUUCAACAACUCUUCCUCCUUCACUUCGACUCCUCUGACAUCCACACACCGUCUUCUACCUUUCCCUACCGUGGAGGAGUGCAGGAAGCGUGGAUGGUUAUGUUUGAAAAGGAGUCAGGACAGACACUGGACCAAUCAACCCCGACAGCUAUGCCUUCUAACAAAUACUCUGCUGCUAUCAUGGAGGAGAGCAACAACAUGACCGCUACCGCGCCGGUGAACGGAGACACGCCCCCAGCUGAGGGCCUAUCAGAGAACGACAGCGGCGUGGAACUGACCAACGAGAACAGCCCUCUGACUGCAGCCGAACCGCCUUCUCCCUUCAGCCCCAAGCAGAACGGAGACGCCGCCUCGCCUCAAGAUGAUAACCAGUGUACGAGGGGAAGCAGGAAGAGAAGCAGGAAGAAUCUGGAGGAGGAGGAGACUACCUGGGACUCCUACAGCGAGGAGAAACCCGCAGCAGCAGCGGCUCAGCUGGGUUUGAGACAGACCCCUCAACCGAGGACCAUCUUCCAGGCCGGUCUGACGCCGCACACGCACAACAAACCUCGCAGACAGAACCGCAAACAGGAGCACGCCAUGUCUCUGGUGAACUUGGUGAACUCACAGUGUGUCGGUGUUCCUCGACCUGCCGUCGUGCCGGGCGGAGUCCCCGAGGCCCCUCGUCUGGAACUGAUGGAACAAGACUCCAAGGACUCGGCCCAGAGCACCAGCACCUCGUCCAGCACUGAAAUCCAGCCAGAGUACAACGACAAUAAGGGCUUUGGGAUCGGCGAGCUGGUGUGGGGGAAGAUAAAGGGUUUCUCCUGGUGGCCCGGCAUCGUGGUGACGUGGCGUGCAACUGGCAAGCGGCAGGCGAGCCACGGCAUGAGGUGGCUGCAGUGGUUUGGAGACGGCAAAUUCUCUGAGGUCUCAGCGGACAAACUGGACUCCAUCACAGCUUUCCCAAAGUUCUUCAGCCAGGCCUCCUACACCAAGCUGGCCUCCUACCGCAGGGCCAUCUUCCAGGCUCUGGAGAUGGCCGGUAUCCGUGCAGAGAAGACGUUCACUCCCUGUGAGUCUGAUGUCUCAGAGGACCAGGUCAAACCCAUGCUGGACUGGGCUAACGGGGGCUUCCUGCCCAAAGGAGAGGAGGGACUCAAACCCACACACACGGCUGACAGUAACCCUCUGGACCACCAGGUCCUUGAUGUGUCCCUUCCUGAGUGUUUCCCCAGCGCCAAGCGGCCCAGAGUCAGUCUGUGUAAGAGCAAAGCUGCACCUGAAGAGUCCUACAGCAGAGAACAAAUGGUGAAUGAAGUCGUGAAGAAUAAAAGAAGUAUAGAAGAGUUCUGUCUCUCUUGUGGAAAGAUGAAGGCAGCAACCUUCCACCCGCUGUUUGAAGGAGGCCUGUGCCAAACAUGCAAGGACGUGUACCUGGAGAUGUCCUACAUGUACGAUGACGAUGGUUACCAGUCGUACUGCACCGUCUGCUGCGGAGGACGAGAGGUUCUGCUCUGUGGGAACGUCAACUGCUGCAGGUGUUUCUGCGUGGACUGCCUGGACAUCAUGGUCGAUCCCGGAGCGUCCAAUAACGCUCGCUACCUGGACCCGUGGAGGUGCUACAUGUGCCAGCCGCUGAUGCAGUACGGCGUGCUGAAACGACGGCACGACUGGAACCACAAGCUGCAGGAGUUCUUUGCCAACGACAACGGACAGGAGUUUGAGACACCAAAGAUUUACCCAGCAGUCCCUGCAGAGCAGAGACGACCAAUCAGAGUCCUCUCUCUCUUUGACGGCAUUGCCACAGGCUACUUGGUUCUGAGGGAUCUGGGUUUUAAGGUGGACCAGUACGUGGCAUCAGAGGUGUGUGAGGACUCGAUCUCAGUGGGGGUUGUCAGACAUGAAGGAAGGAUCCAGUACGUCCACGAUGUCAGGAACAUCACAAAGAAAAACCUGCUGGAUUGGGGUCCGUUUGACCUGGUGAUUGGAGGAAGUCCCUGCAACGACCUUUCAAUCGUGAACCCUGCAAGGAAAGGCCUUUAUGAAGGUACAGGGAGGCUUUUCUUCGAGUUUUACCGCCUGCUGAGCGAAGCAAAGCCCAAAGAAGGAGAGAACCGUCCGUUCUUCUGGAUGUUCGAGAACGUGGUCGCCAUGGGGGUCAACGACAAGAGGGACAUCUCUAGAUUCCUGGAGUGUAACCCCGUUAUGAUCGAUGCUAUCGAGGUCUCAGCUGCUCACAGGGCUCGAUACUUCUGGGGGAACCUGCCGGGCAUGAACAGACCUCUCUGUGCGUCCGGGAUGGACAAGCUGGAGCUGCAGGACUGUCUGGAGCACGGCAGAGUGGCAAAGUUUGGGAAAGUGCGCACCAUCACGACUCGCUCUAACUCCAUCAAACAAGGGAAGGAUCAGCACUUCCCCGUCCUGAUGAACGGGAAGGAGGACAUACUGUGGUGCACUGAGCUGGAGAGGAUUUUCGGCUUCCCUGUCCACUACACAGACGUGUCCAACAUGGGUCGUGGUGCCAGACAGAAGCUCCUGGGCCGGUCCUGGAGCGUCCCCGUCAUCAGGCAUCUGUUCGCACCUCUGAAAGACUACUUCGCCUGUGAAUAGACCCCGCCCCAUCACCAGCAGACAGACCCCACUUAAGAACACCCACCGCCGGCCUUUCUUUUGUGACACUGGCUCCAGCACACACCAGCCGCCAGCCCGAGGAGCCGCUGGAAGUCUUAUCAGUCUCACCAAGAAUCCGUGACGCUGGAGAAGCGUUUUGUGGAUCCUGUUUUUAAAGCACUGCAGUCUAACACUCACAAAACACACUAACACAGGUACACACAGAGGUGAGCAGAAGCUGUGUUCGAUCACGACUCCAGAGAGGGAGGUCGGUCAGGUUUUACAAGAUGUCAGAGAAAAGUCUUCUGUUUCGUUUUUUAACCUGUACACUGGUUUUAACAGAAUAUUUUUAAACGCCUUCAGAGGCUUCGUUUUUAAGUUGACAACACUUGGUAGUUGUAGAAACAAGAAAACAACAUUGAGCCUAUUUUACAACUUCAAAGUGGCUCAAACUUUUUAAAGUCAGAGAAACAAGCGACUACAAUGUGUGAGCGGCAGAAAAGAAAACACUUUUAAAAUCGCUUCAACCAAAGUCGUAAAAUGAGGAUACCGGCUGUUCUUUGUUUUUCCCUCAUGACCCCGUGGUUUUUCUGUAAACACCUUCAACCAAACUGAGUAUUAAUGGCUGAAAAUCUGCUCAUUUCAUCAAAAGAUGAAGAUGUUUUUUGAGUAUUCAGCAGAAACAGCUCAUCCUAAGAUUCCUGUUCAUGCAUGUUUAUGUUCAACUAUCAAGAGAAAACCUUUGCGGGGUUAAAAUCUGCAGGAAACAAAGUCGUGGAGCAAAGCUACCUUUGAUAAAAAGCAGGAUUUAGCUCACAUUUUUAGACGGGUUUCUUUUAUUUUCUUCGUUUUAAAAAAAAGAAAACGUGCUUUUACUUUUCUUAGUCUUUGUUUUGGUUCAUGAGAGGAAACUAGCUUCCUUUGAACAGAAAUAAAACAUUGUUGUGUAGCUGGAGUAAAGAUUCGGGUUAUAAUCUCCCUGAUAGCUACGUACAAAUACUUGAAAGGAUCGCGUACAGGAACAGAGACUUAGGGAGUUAGUUUUUAUCUUUAGCAGACCGGUCCACACAGCUUGGGAUGGUUUUUACUCUUUCUUACUGUAGAUGCUUUUUGAGUUUACUUCAUAAAUAAUGUUGCUUUAGUUCUCUGUCACGGCUGGAUGUCAGUGUCUCCACAUGUGGGUGAUGGUGGUGAAAAGAAGCGACUUUAAAAUCAGGACAGGCUGUUCCAAUGUGGUUUUACAGCUGCAACAGAAAAUGGUGGGAAACACUGGUGAAUGUGGACGUUUAUGGAAAAUAGCACUGACUACUUUUGUUUAUAUAUUAAGGAUUUGUCUUAGUUUCAAAAAGAUGUCGUCAUCUCUCUGAUGCCUGGUGAUGCCGUGUGGCGCACUAGCUUUGGUAUACAGUAUGUAAAGUGAAAAGACAAGAGCUGAGGAUAAAGUCUGAGCAUGUUAGUGGCAGCAAAAAUAUUUGGAUUUAAACUCAGGCAUUACAGCCUGUUUGCUGCUACGCGGUCAGGCAAUCUGUUAAAGCAUAUUUGACCUCUGAGACUUCAAGAUUUGUAAAAAUAAGAAUAAUUUCUAAUAAAAAAAAGAAAGAAAAUGUCCCUUUAAUUAUAGGAAAGAUAUCUCUCAAAGCCUGGAGAUCAGCACCCUUGCUAAAUUGUUCAUGAAUUAGGUUUUGGACUACAUACUGUAAACCAAAGCUUCCAAGUGUUCACCAGAAGUGCAGAGCUCUCGACUGGACGGUUUACUUUGGGACCGAUUCUCUUCAUGUGACCUGUGGACCAAACUCAUGAAACCUCUGCAGUCUUUUUAAAAUCUACUUUUGUUUAGUUUCUCUAACUGGAGGGUUUCCAAAUACUGUUGGCUGUCACCAAAUCAAACGAAAUGGGCAUUACCUCAGAUAAGGGGGCACCUGUACAUCACUCCUCCUGUAGGAUCUCUGUUCUGUGAAUAUAUACUGUAGCUUUCUGCUCCCAUAUGCCCUGUAUAUAUAGCUUUUAUUUUUAUCACUGGAACUAUUAUUAAACAAUGUUUUGUGUACUGUAUGGAUAGAAAGGUUUACAAGUACCAAUAACAAAACAAAAUGCACAAGCCUUCUUCGAGAACGUUGUAGUUAGAAACGGCAUGAUGCUCGUGACAGUGCCAGUGGGAAUCUCUUAAAGUUUGUUAAAUCUGAUUUUAGAUUCCUUUAAAAACCAAAAAGUAAUUGUUUACAUGCUUCACUAAUACUGCUGAAUGUUUCGCUUGAAAACAGCACAAAAAAACUAGAUUUUUUAUCUUUUGGUAACUUCUCUUUUAAAAACCUUUUAUACUGAGAACAUAUAUAUUUACACAAUAUAAAGCUUGCUUGAAUGUUUAAUGUUAUAGCACAAUAUAGAGCAUAUUAAUCAGUAGCUUACGCAUUACUUGUGUUCUGUAGAUGAGUGUGUACUUGUAGAUUUAAGUAUGAGUGAUGUCUGAGUUCAAAUCUUUUUAUAACUAAAACAUUUUUUGUGCUUUUAUCUUUGACCAGAAUAACAUUUUAGGAAUAUUUCUUUUUGCCUUUUUAUGAAUCUACAGUGCAAACAUUUUUAAAAGAACAGAUUUUGUGCUAUUUUUAUACUUUAUUUGAUGUAUUUUUUAUGUUUGGAUACUUCUUAUAGCAACCUAUAUAUGAUUUUCACUCAAUAAAACACAGCGUGGCUGCUG